AUGGCAGCAAUUCGUUCAGUACGGUUCAGCGAAUUCCCUGCGGUAAAGCUUCAUUCAGCUGCUGAUGUUAAACCAGACAAAACUAACAAAUUUGUAGUUCAAUUUCCGCGUAUUUAUGAUGAUGCUUUGUUUGGCCCUUAUGAUGUAUACACGGCAGCAAGUAUUGGUGAUGUUGAAAUUGUUGAGGCUCAGCUGCAAUCAGGUUUCGAUCCAAAUCGACUUAAUUCAAGUAAAUGGUCGGCACUGAUGUAUGCAUCAUAUCUAGGCCAUGAUAACAUAUGUAAUAUCCUUAUCAAACAUGGUGCUUCUGUAAAUUUAACGAACGGUAAGGGCCAAACAGCACUAAUGUUGGCUUCAUGCUGUGGAAAUGUGGCAGUUGUUAAACAAUUAAUAUCAAAAGGUGCGCAUAUUGAUAGACAGGACGAACUUGGAGACACAGCACUGGGUUAUGCUACAGCUUGUUCGCAAAGUACUGUUGUGGAGAUACUUCUAGAAGCGGGAGCUGAUCCAAAUAUGCCAAAUAAUGCUGGAAUGACUCCGACACUUACAGCAUGUUCGAUUGCUCAUGAAAUUACUCUUAUUACACUCCUUAAAAAUGAUGGUGAUGCAAGAAUUAAAAACAAAAAAGGUGAAGACGGUGAAAUUCUGGCUUUUGACAAUCCGAAGGCAAUCGCCAUAAUCAAAGACCCACCGAUGAACAAAGGUGCAUCGAAAAGAAAAGGAAGUGAAAUAAAACUUCUUUCUGAUUUGCUCCAGCAGCUGAAUCUCGAAAAGUACAUACCAAUAUUCGAAGCAGAAAAUAUAGAUCUAAAAUUAUUUCUUCAACUAACAGACACUGAAAUUGCUGAAAUGGGCGUUAAGGUUAAUGCUUGUAAUUCAAGAAAAAAAUUGCAGGCUUUUGGGCCGCGAAAAAAAAUGCUGAAUGUGAUAGAUCGCUACAGGAAAGAUGGAACGAUAUUAACGAAUAUAGAUCCAGAAAUUAAGCAUGAAAUGAUUGAAGAAAGGGUACGAAAUAAGGUAAAAAGUAGAUCGGAACAGGUGACAAAUGAAUUAAUGGAAUGCCAACAAAAUCUAGCUGAAUGUAAACAAGAACUUCAUAAAGCUCACAAAAUAAUCCAUGAACAGCAAAAUGUUAUCAAAGCAAUAUCUGAAACAGGGAAAAUAUCGCGUGAACUUGCAUAUGCUAUGUUAGAGGAAAUAAAACACAACAGUGAUUAUGCAAGAUUUGAGAAAGGAGUGUCGUCACUUAUCAAAAAUAUCGAUAAUAUGGCUAUGAAGGUACUUGAACUGUCUCAGUUGUAG